AGAAGGGAAGAGAAGCUCCUCGGGGAACUGACAAGGGGGGUCCACGCCUUAGAAUUUAGAACAUCUUUUUUAGAACUUUUAGAAGAUGGAACAACUAGCACCACUGAGACAUCCUGUGAAGAUAGCUACCAUUCCGUGGAGGAAUAACAACCUUAGUCAGCUCUACAAGGAGCCCCCUCUGUCGGAACACGGGGAGACCAUCAUCGGAGUUUACCUGUUGCUGCUGGGUUGGCUGUCUUGGUUUGGCAACAGUCUGGUGAUAUUGGUGCUGUACAGACAGAGGCCCUCCCUGCUGCCGACGGACUUCCUCACGUUAAACCUAGCUAUCUCCGACGCUAGCAUCUCCGUGUUCGGGUACUCCAGAGGGAUCUUGGACAUCUUUAACCUCUUCAGAGAUGAUGGCUUCUGGAUCACCUGGAUCUGGACCUGCCAGGUUAAUGGCUUCUUCACCUUGUUGUUUGGCCUGGCCAGCAUCAACACCCUGACUGUCAUCAGUGUCACCAGAUACAUCAAGGGAUGCCACCCUAGCAAAGCCUACUGCAUCAGUUUGAGCACCAUUUGCAUCUCUCUGAUGUUCAUCUGGGUCGGGGCUUUCUUCUGGUCUGUGGCUCCACUGCUGGGCUGGGGCAGCUACACAGCUCCAGAUGGUGGGUACGGGAACUGUGAGGUGGACUGGUCCAGGGCUAACUACUCCACCAUCUACAAGUCCUACAUCAUCUCCAUCCUCAUCUUCUGCUUCUUCAUCCCAGUCACGGUCAUGGUCUUCUCCUACGUCUCCAUCAUCAAUACCGUGAAGAGCAGCAACGCCAUGUCAGCUGACGGGUACCUCUCAUCCAGACAGAGGAAAGUGGAACGAGACGUCACUAGGGUCUCCAUAGUGAUCUGCACAGCCUUCAUCAUGGCGUGGUCUCCCUAUGCGGUGGUCUCCAUGUGGUCUGCCUGUGGUUACCACGUCCCCAACAUGACUUUGAUCUUCACCCGUCUCUUCGCUAAGUCCGCCUCCUUGUACAACCCCUUCAUCUACUUCGGAAUGAGUUAUAAGUUCCGUAAGGACGUCUUCGCGCUGUUGCCGUGUUACAGUGGCUCCGCCCACAAGGAAGUGGUCCGUCUCAAGAACUUCCAGGAGCUUAACGAGCUGAAGCCGAAAGACCAUCCCGAGGCCACGACCCUUUUUGUGCUUCCUGUGACCUCACUUCCUCUGCAGUCGAGAGAGGGGAAGUAUAGCAAAGAAGAGAUGCUGCAGCCAGAUGGUCCCAUGGCUCAGGAUUCAGACUCAGGGGUGAACAGUCCAUCCCACACCCCACCUACUGCCAGUCAGGAGUCCCUCUACUACAUUCCCAAUGUACCCCUUGCCCCCUUACCCAGCAUGCACUCUGAGACGCCAGAGUACGAGAGCGACAGACUCUAAAGAUCUCUAAAUGUGCAUCCAAAAUGGCACGCUGCACACUUAGAGAAAAAAAAAAGGUGCUAUCUAGAACCUAAAAGGGUUCUUCGGG